AAGAAGAAGAAAACUAAACGACGUCACUCCUCUUCUGCAGCUGAUUGGCCACACUUACACGAUGCUUUAGCCUAGCAUUAAGUGGUUAGCAGACGUCAGGUUGUCCAUUUGAUGGGGGUGUCAUUGGAACCUUUUAAAGUCUGGUGUGGUUGAAUGACACAAUUUAUAAAGCUCCACACCUCACACACCUGAGAAGAAAGUUUAAUGGUGGCAAGAAAAAGAUGAAGUCUGCCAAGACAAACUCUUUUGCUAACAAAGCAAAGAAGGGAAAUGCGCAGUGCAGCGUGGUCAUCGUUAAAAUUGAAUCUGGAGUUCAGCUGCAUGAUGAUGAUGAGGAGGAGGAGAGCUCUAACGAAGUUCUCACUAAUGGAGUUAACCUUCAGAUUAAAGAGGAGCCAUGUUUGUUGGAGAUCAAUGAGGAGCACAAUGAAGGCACAUCAGGCUGUUCAGACACCAAACCUGACAGUGUGACCUUUACGUCACACAGUCUGCAUCAGCACGCACAUGUGAAGAGCGAGACUCUGUAUGAGCUCACCGAGGUGGCUGUCAAAGAGGAAGUAGCGCCAGCCAUUAAGAACGAGCCGGGCAUUGAAGACGAGGAAGAAGAUGGACAUAGUGCUGAUGAACAGAGAGAAGAAGGGGUCUGUGCUGAUUCUUCAUCUGACGUCUUCCCGUGUCCACACUGCACCAUCUCCUUCACCGACAUGGAUUUCUUGGAGAAGCAUGUCAAGUGGGUUCACCAGAAACAGUAUCUCGCCAAGCUGAAGAAAUGCCUCCCAAACCACAAACCUAUCAUUGACAAACACACCUGUUCGGUCUGCAGCAGCACCUUUACCUCCAAAGUAUACCUUAGGAGACAUAUGCGUGAAACCCACCCUUCUGCCCCCCCUCGUAGGCUUCACCCUUGCCCAACUUGUGCACGCAGCUUUCAGUACCUGAAGAACCUGAAGAAUCACUGCCAGCGCUGGCACAACAUGUCCGUGGUCACCAGAGGGGGUUAUCUCAGCUGUGCCAACUGUGGGAAGAGUUUUAAAACUACCUGGGGUCAAGGGCCUCAUGUGUGCAACCAGCCAGCGAGCACAAAAGCUGAGGAUGAGCCAAUUUUCCUGGACACUGGGUGUGCAGUGUCCAGAAUGUGGAAGAAUGGUGAGCACGCCACAAAGCCUCGGUGACCACAUGCGCACUCACAC